AUGUCUAGCGUGGCUCCUUUCGCCUUGAGACAGGCAUCCCGAGCCUAUGCGCGCCGGCUGUCGUCAGCACAGCACCUGCUUUCCCGGCGGGCGCUCGCCACCCCUGCCUACAGGACCUAUGUCACCGAGACCAAGGCUGGAAAUGCCCAGGUAUCCGUCGACACCGCCAUCAAGCAGGAACAGAAGGAAUUUCUUAAGAAGACUGGCCUUGCGCCAGGCAGCGCCGACCUUCCGGCCUCUGGUGUCUCCGGAGAUGCUGCCAUGAGCCCGGCCGCGGGGAUCCUCGGACAGGCUACGAUAAUGGACGAGGGAACGCGACCGAUCUAUCUCGAUGCGCAGGCGACUACCCCGACCGACCCUCGUGUUCUCGAUGCAAUGCUCCCCUAUCUUACCGGAAUUUAUGGAAACCCGCACUCGCGGACGCACGCCUACGGCUGGGAGUCGGAAAAGGCCGUUGAGCAGGCCCGUGGAUAUAUCGCCAACCUGAUUGGUGCUGAUGCAAAGGAGAUUGUAUUUACGAGUGGUGCUACGGAGAGCAAUAACAUGAGUAUCAAGGGUGUGGCUCGGUUCUUUGGCCGCUCUGGAAAGAAGAAGCACAUUAUUACGUCUCAGACAGAGCACAAGUGUGUCCUUGACAGCUGCCGACAUCUUCAGGAUGAGGGUUUUGAUGUCACGUAUCUGCCUGUCCAGAAUAACGGUCUCAUCAAGAUCGAAGACCUGCAGGCUGCUCUGCGCCCAGACACUGCUCUUGUUAGUAUCAUGGCUGUCAACAACGAGAUUGGUGUUGUUCAGCCUUUGGAGGAGAUUGGAAAGCUUUGCCGCUCGAAGAAGGUCUUCUUCCACACCGAUGCCGCUCAGGCUGUCGGCAAGAUUCCGCUUGACGUCAACAAGAUGAACAUCGACCUGCUAUCCAUCUCGAGUCACAAGGUCUACGGCCCCAAGGGUAUUGGUGCGUGCUUUGUCCGUCGCCGACCAAGAGUCCGUCUCGAACCUAUCAUCUCCGGUGGUGGGCAGGAGCGUGGUCUGCGUAGUGGUACGCUCGCUCCUCACCUGGUUGUUGGAUUUGGCGAGGCCUGCCGCGUUGCCGCUCAAGAUAUGGAGUAUGACUCCAAGUACAUUACGCGACUGGCCAAGCGCCUGUCGGACGGUCUCCUGGCUAUGGAACACACCGCACUCAACGGUGACGCCGAACGCCGCUACCCCGGAUGUGUCAAUGUCUCGUUUGCAUACGUCGAGGGCGAGUCUCUUCUGAUGGCCCUGAAGGACAUUGCGUUGUCAUCCGGUAGCGCGUGUACGUCCGCCUCGUUGGAGCCCAGCUACGUUCUCCGUGCACUCGGCAGCAGUGACGAGAGCGCCCACAGCAGUAUCAGAUUUGGUAUUGGGCGAUUCACGACGGAGGCCGAGAUUGACUAUGUGCUGAAGGCCGUGCGGGAGCGAGUGGACUUCCUGCGGGAGCUGAGCCCGCUGUGGGAGCUGGUGCAGGAAGGAGUUGACUUGAACACGAUUGAGUGGAGUGGCCAUUAG